CACCCAAUCCUGUCACUUGGCACCCGUGGCCCACGCAAUUCAGUGAACGCGAACAUAACAUCGGAACCCGUGGGUGGGCCCAGGCCGCAUCCUCAUAACCGGACCCGCUACACAUGAGUGGGGAGCCGUGGGCCAGCACUACAUUGGUGGAUCAAUGAUGCCCAUGGACGACGACAUGGAGGACGACAACCAAUAUCAAGAUGUGUGCCGUGUGUGCCGCUGUGAAGGGAGUGCGGAUCGGCCGCUCUUUCACCCGUGCAUCUGCACGGGCUCCAUCAAAUUCAUCCAUCAAGAUUGUCUCCUUCAGUGGCUCAAUUAUUCCAAGAAGGAGUAUUGCGAAUUAUGCAGUCACAACUUCUCAUUCACGCCCAUUUAUUCGCCGGACAUGCCCAAGCGUCUGCCUCUGUCCAUGGUUUUGUCUGGCUUUGUGGGCACAGUGGCCAAGGCCUUGCGCUUUUGGCUCCAUUAUACCUUGGUGGCCUUGGCUUGGUUGGGCGUGGUCCCGUUGACCGCCUGCCGGAUUUACCGCACGCUUUUCACCGGCUCAGUCUCUUCCAUUCUAUCCUUGCCCAUCAGCAUGUUCUCCACCGAAAAUAUCACGUGGGAUAUCUUGAAAGGCUGUGUGGUGGUCUCAUUGACCCUUAUGGCCUUCAUCGGCCUGGUUUGGUUACGCGAACAGAUCUUACACGGGGGUGGACCCGAAUGGCUCGAAAUCGAUUUUCCCGAUGGGGUUGGCCUGCCUGAUCCCCUCGGACCCGACGAAGCCGAGCCUGACUUUGAUCUCGGUCCUGAACCGGCUGUGCCUCCGGUCGCCGCGGCGGGUGACGCCCACCAGCCCGAUUUACCCGUCGUGGCCCAUCCGAUGCCGGUCGAGCCCGCUGCGCCCGAAAUCGAUCCCAACAUGCAUGUGGGCCCGCUCCCGCCCUUGGCCGCUGAAGCAGUGGCUCCGGACGAGGGCGGUGAUGCCGGUGAUGCGGGUGAUGCCGGCGAUCCAGCCGGUGACAUCCAAUUGGGGGAAGAUGGUUUGUGGAAUCCCAUGGAAUGGGACCGAGCCGUCGAAGAGCUAACCUGGGAGCGGCUCUUAGGAUUGGAUGGAUCACUAGUCUUCUUGGAACAUGUCUUUUGGGUCGUUUCACUGAACACGCUCUUCAUUUUGGUCUUCGCUUUUUGCCCAUAUCACAUCGGCCAUUUUACCUUGAUGGGCUUCAAGCUGAAGAAGUUCACAUCGGGUGCCCAUUUCGAAGGCAUGCUCAUCACGCUUUGCGGCUAUUGCGUCAUCGGUCUGAGUCUUGUGGGCCUACAUCUGGCUGCUAGUAUAAUGCGGUUUCGUCGUUUGGCCCGCAUCAUGGGCCUUUGCUACGUGGUCGUCAAAGUGGCGUUGCUGAUCGUCAUCGAAAUUCUCACCUUCCCCAUGAUAUGCGGCUACUGGCUGGACAUUUGUUCCUUAGCCUUGUUUGAUGCCACCUUGAAGGACCGCCAGAACAGCUAUCACCAAUCGCCGAUGACGUCCAUCUUCAUCCAUUGGAUGGCGGGCUCUGUGUUUGUGUUCUAUUUCGCCUCAUUCGUCAUCUUGAUCCGAGAAGUAGUGCGUCCGGGUGUGUUGUGGUUCCUCCGCAAUCUCAACGAUCCCGAUUUUAAUCCUAUCCAAGAGAUGAUCCACUUGCCCAUCUUAUGCCAUCUCCGACGAUUCUGUCUGUCCGUGAGCAUUUUUGGGAUGUUCAUUUUAGUCAUGUUGUAUCUGCCCUCGCGCAUCAUCAAGAACAUAUUCCCCAAAUUCUUACCCUAUCAAACAGCACAAGUCACAGAAUCUCAAAUCGAUGAGCUCGCCAUGGAACUUUUUCUGCUCUUGGUGAUUCUACCCGCGAUUCAAGACCAAUAUCACAUGCAAGGAUGGUUGAAGGCCUCGAUCAAGGCCUGGUGCGACACCAUGUCUUGGAUCUUCAACCUCAGAUCGUACUUAUUUGGUGACCCGGAGGCGGAACCAGCACCUGAACAACCACAGCACCCACCACAACCACAACCAGAGGUAGAGCCAGAGCCAGCGGCCGCCGCUGCUGAAGAUGGACCCAUAGGUCGUCCAGUCGAAGAGGCCGACGAGCCCGAGGAGGUCGACGAAGCCGACGAGGUCGAGGUCCCAUUGGUGCCUGAUCCGGAAGCAGCGGUCAAUGAGGAUCCGGCACCCGCAGCCAUGGCCCACAAUAACGAUAACAAUCCCGUUGAAGGGCUGGGACAUGCUCAUCAAGCUUUACUGCAACGGCAAGGACCCAGUGAAUUCCAGCCAUACCUCAAACCGUCAAAAUUUCCUUUGAGGAUCGCGGGUCUGAUUGUGAUGAUUAUCCUUUCGUUGCUGGUCUUUUCCUUGGCCUGCAUGCUCAUGCCCGUGUGGGUGGGUCGGCAAGUGUUCUCCAUUUUGAUUGCCGAAAACCAGAAGGUCUACGAACUGUACACGGCCGCUUCCGGCCUUUACGUGUGUCUGGUUCUAAUCAAAGGGAUCACCUUGGUCUUAUCCUGGACACAGCAAGGAUGGGAGCAAAUGUCAAAGAAGAUUACACAAUGUGUAGGCGUAGGCGCUAGGGCGGCAGUGGCGUUAGUCCUUUUAGUGGGAGUGAUUCCCUUAAUGUUCGGGUUCCUUCUGGACGUCGUAGUACUGAUACCCUUGCGGGUGCCCGUGGUCCAAUCUCCCAUCUAUUUCCUGUGGCAAGAUUGGGCUCUCGGGGCAAUGUACACCAAGAUUAGCGAGGUGCUCGUGUCCAUGGGACCGGAUUGGUGGCUCAAGGCCGCCAUCGAGCGCUUCUACAACGACGGACUCCGAGGGGUCAACCUGUCUUUCUUGAUCUCCAGUCUCGUGAUGCCCGUGUGUGCCACGCUCGGCCUAGCCUUGGCUGUGCCCUAUGUGGUGGCCCACAGUCUAGCACCGCUUAUCCUCUCCGAUGAGGCCAUCUUGAUCAGUACGCAAAGACGGAUUUACCCCGUGCUGCUGAUCCUCAUUCUGGUCGUGGGGCUGACCUUGAUGCAAUUGAAGCAGUGCAGGAAGCUUUACGAACAUAUCAAGAACGACAGAUAUUUGGUCGGUCGUCGUCUGGUCAAUCACAACCAUCCAACCGCUCCCCCACCCAAUGCGGAAGUCCCGCCCGUGGCUCCCGUGGUGCCACCCAUUUGAACCGGGACUAGCUGAGGCAUGGCCUGCCCUCGUUACAUCCACCAAAAAAAGACAAUCUAAUCAGAGCUGCAAUCAAAUCUAUUUUUCCCGCAUAUCCAAGACGUUUCCACGCCUCGGUCGAUAUGCUUUCCAAUGUGACGAUUGCCUCCUGCGAUAACACGACUAUCACCAGGAGGUCCGGGUGCAAUGAUAACCCAUGUGCGUUGAUUAUUAUCAUGAUACUAGUAUCCAAUGUGUGACUGCUGUACCGACAUGAAGUCUCAAUAAAAUCAUCAUUCUACACGUA